AUGUCUCCACUCUACUGCUGUCUCGUCGCCGUCCUGUGCCUCCCGCGGGCCUCCGCAUCGCCGGUGGCGGCGGCAUCCAUCUCCGUCUCCGCCGUGCAGACCCCCGUCGAGCCGACGCCGGUGCAGUUCCUGCGGGUGCACAACGAGGCACGCGCGGCGGUGGGCGUGCCGCCGCUGUCGUGGAACGGGACGCUGCAGCUGGAUGCGGCGCGGUACGCCGGCGAGCUCCGGACGGAAUGCAGCCUGCGGCCGCCGCCGCCCACCGCGGCGCGGGGCACCGGCGACGGCGCCGCCGUCUACGGCCGGAACCUGUUCAAGGCGUACGGCCGGCGCCACACCGGCGCGGAGGUGGCGGCGUUCUGGGCGGACGGCCGGCGGUGGUACGACCGCGACGCCGGCCGGUGCGCGGCGCCGCCCGGCCGGACCUGCGGCGCGUACACGCAGGUGGUGUGGCGCGCCACGACGCAGCUCGGCUGCGCGCGCCGCACCUGCCGCAACGGCGUCGACACCGUCGCCGUCUGCGACUACUACCCGCCGGGCAACAUCGUCGGCCAGCGGCCAUAUUGACAAUGAUCUCAUCUGUUUCUGCGACACACGACACGCAAUGAAAUGUAGUACAUACGAUCGAUGGUUCUGGUGAGUGAUUGAGUUUUUGGAACAAAUGUUUGGAGAAAUAUAUGAAACAUGCUCCAAAGAAAA